AUGAAAUACUUGCACCUGACUCUUUUGGUAUUUCUUAUCCUGUUCCAGCUGUUUUCAGUCUGCAGGUGCCGCAAAGCUUGCUGGGUCAUAAGAGGACACUGCAGGGAACGCUGCAAAUCUGGGGAACGGGUGAAAAAGCCAUGCAACAAUGGGGACUACUGCUGCACUGCAAGCAAGAUGGACCCUCGGCCACAGGCGCCUGUAAAAACGUUUGGUCAUAAUUUCAAAGACUAUCCCAAAUCUAUGCCAGUGAUAUUCGUCAGUAACUACGAUGAGUUAGCGUUCACCUGAAAAUAAUUUGGUCCUCUGCAGAGGGGGCGUU